UCCAUGUUCUAAAUAUAAAUGACGUUUCGAAUUUUGGAACGCUGGAAUUCUAUGGUUCGAUCGUCGAACGCAGCGGUUGUCAGACGUUCCUCUGGCACCGUCUUUCAAAGUUUUACAUCAGCAGCGGACCAACAAAGGUAGGACAAACUUUCUCUCACAGACAUGCCGAGAAGAGCGAGGGAUCACGCGGUCGAGUCCUCCCCAGAAGUCGGGUCGGAGGAGGAGAAAUUUCCGGAGAAACUCUGGAGGUUGGCGAAAGACGCCAGGAUCAAGUGUAUUCAAUGGGUGGAGGGUGGAGACACUAUACUGAUCUACCAGAAGUCUUUCUCACAGGAGUUGUUGAACAAAAAGGAGUUCUUCAAGACUAAGAGUUUCGACUCGAUUGUGAGAAAUCUCAAUCUGUACGGCUUCAGAAAGGUCCAGUUGGACGGUGUUAUCGAACAGAGCAGCAAAAGGGCACGGAAGCCGUCUGGCGACAAUUUACUGUACUACAAGCAUCCCUUCUUCCACCGUGACAAGCCCGACACCCUCCACCAAGUCCGCCGUCCCAGCUGCUCCAAGUCUGCGGUGGCAGAGCGCCGCCGCUGCCGCCUGGUGCAGGCCCUGACUGCGCUCAGAGCCAACCUUCCCGACGACGAGGACAGGUCGGAUCUCGGGCAGCUGCUCAACACCAUCGGCGGUGGAGACGCACCUCCUACCGCCGAGCCAGCACCCACAACGCCCCGUAAAAAGCCACCAGAAAGGAAAACCACCACUCCGUCUUCUACAGACGCGAGGAAAAAGUCUACGAGCAAGAAGAGACCCCGUGGGCGACUGCAGUCUGUUCCAGAUGCCGCUGAAGACAAAGGAUCCGUCGCAUGCAUGCAAAAAAUGACCAUAACUCCCAUAGACAGCCCGGAUGUCUCCUUGCGGGAUACGAAUGACCUGCAGAUCGACGAAACUUUGGAGAUGGAAGUGGAUGCUGAGGUCACCUUCCCAUCUUGUGAACCAGAUGCGGCCCAAACAGUUCCAACAUCUAGUACAAGCGGUGGUGAUAGCAGACAGGAUCUCUAUGCUAACCAUUGUAACGUCACUCCCUACUUGGGCGAUUCUUCGCUUCACCACAACGACCCAUUCGGCGGCAGCUACUACCCUCUAGGCGAGAGUGACUCCACCUGGUGUCAUGGCGUGCCGCCACAGUGCUACGGAGACGACCACGUCGUGUCCUGUACCCUCCCCAACCGCCAGUGGGCAUGGCAGGCCUAUGGGGACCACCUCGGCGGUUACCCGUACGCGUGGCCUGCUCCGUACCACACUACCACCAUGCCGCACGGCUGGAACAGCGGAGCAGACCAGGUCCCCGUACCGUACCAGAUGCGAAACAACGGAGGUGAACACCCCAGACAAGAUACAGAGCCUGCCACUGUGACCGUGACACCUCUUUCUACAGUAGACGUAGCUGCGAUUGCAAGCAACUCGCCAGGUGUUUCUGCUCUGGAGGCGUCUCCAACUAUCUUAACUGUCUUGUAAUGAUAAGUAUUAUCGCUGGGCUAGAAA